GCUCAGCUCCGGUCGGUCCAGGAGGAGAUGGACAGUCUGGAGGAGGAGAAGGAGAGCGAGCUGGAGGAGGUGCAGGAGGAGCUCCGUUCGGCCCAGGAGGAGGUGCUGAUGCUGCAGCAGGCGGCCGAGGAGGCGGCGGCGGAGAGGGAGAACGACAUCGCCUCCCUGCAGGAGGAGCUGUGUCGGCUGCGGGCCGAGCUGCAGCGCCUCCACGCCACGGCGCAGGAGUACGAGCUGGAGAUCACCACGCUGAGGGCCGAGAUCAGCAUGAAGAGCCAGAACCAAGACUCGCACAGACCCGGUGACGUGAGUCAGGUGACGGAGGAGUUCACCUCUCUGACAGACGAACGUCAGACUCUGAGCAGCGGCAACAUAGAGUUGGGCAGCAAAGUGGAGCAACUGCAGCAGCAGCGAGACGCCCGACCGCUCCUGCUGAACAGGUGUGAGGACGUGUACCUGGCAGUCCGAGUGGAGGGCGACACAAAGGGUGAACAGGAUGAGCGAGCGAAGGCCGACUCGUACAUCUCCCUGUCUCAGUCCGGUCCUGAACACCGGGGCCGACCCCCCCAGGAGGAUCCGGAGGAUCCGGAGGUCUGCAGCUCAGAGCUCAGCGUCCUGCAGGUCCAGCUGAGACAGGCUGAGGAGGCGGCUCACAAAGUGCAGAGAGAGUGUGAUGGUUUGAAGGGCGAGCUGGUGGACCUGCAGCAGCUGUACGACAGCAGCCAACGGGAGCGAGCGGCGCUCGAGCAGGAGCUGCAACGCUGCAAGGACGAGCUCCAGAGACUGAUGGGCAGGAAGUCACAGAACUGCACUCGUCCGUCUGAGCCCCCUGUUCUCUCCAUCCCCUUCAUAGGAAUGAUUGUAAUAGUGGCCUUGAUUUGGUGCUGGUGGGAGGAGCUGGCGUCCUAGAGGGGACCAGCAGAGUGACACUGGAGGCUGGAACCUGGCGGUGGCAGCGGUUGCAGUGGCGGCCAUUGUAGUUCUGGUCGUCCCCAGCUUCACCAGGACCUGAGGUCUACACAGGAAGUGACCUCACUGGGAAGUCUGGGAUUGUGGGAUUGCCGUCACCCAUCCAGCUCUGCCCUCAUACAUGUUGCUGUCCUGAUGUCUGCUUGUUGCAUCGCUCUGUUUAGCGGGACAGCGCCGCCGAGACGUUUUCACCCGAAUGCCUCAGACGUCUGUGAGCACGUUUUGAUAAACGACGUCCUCCGUAAAGACUCGUAACUCUUCCUGCAGGUCGUCAUCGCACCGUGGAUCAGUUGGUUGAUUUAUCGAUCGGCGGUGAGGUUUCCAAAUAUCCACCAUCAUGAUCCAGGAGUGUGACGGGAAGUUGUCAUUUUGCAUUAUUUUUAAAAGAUUCCAUUGUUUUCAGAAGCAACCAGAGGUGGAUGAUUGUUACCUGCUCAGCUCAGUGGAAGAAGUACUCUUUACUUACAUAAAAGCAGGAUUACCACAGUGUAAAAACUACUUAAAAUGUCAAAGUUCUCAAAAUUAAGAAUAGCCAUAGUGUCAUAAUACUAUAAAAUAUUUUGCAGUAAUGCAACAUUUCAUGUUGCCAGUUAAAGUGGACCUGAUUUUGACUAUUUAAAUGUACUUUAGUGUAAAAAAAAAAAAGAAAGGUCAUAUUUUAUUUGUUGACAUGUGUUUUUUGUGUAUCUUGCAAAGUAACUUAAAUUACUAAAUGUGGUGAAGUAAGUGGUAUGAUAUUUCCCUGGAAAAUGGAGUAGAAUAAUAGUAUAAAGUGGAAUAGAAAAGUUCAGAUUUAGUUUAAGUGCCGUACUUGAAUAAAUGUACUUGUUUAUUUUCCUACACUGUUUACAGUAAAGUCCUGUAGUAGUAAAUCACAAAAUGACUUCACUGAUAGACAACGAAGAGAUAAAACACAAAGAGCGGCGGAUCAGCUUGAGCCCGUCCAGAUGCUAAAAACACAAAAGUACAAAAUGUUAAUGCUGUAAAUCUUUAUCUUUUAUUAAUCCAAGAUUUUCCUUCUGAGUUAUAGUAACAAACCAACUUUCUUUAAUAUUCAAAAUACAAAUGAAUAAAUGCCCAGAUCCACAGUGUCCAUUGUUUGGUAAGCAGUUCAACGUUUCCUGUGGAAAACAUAAGUGAACAUUUAGUGUAGCAAAACCCAUUUUUAUUUUCUACAGAAACUUUGGACUUCUAAAAACCAAACGGUGAAGAUGCUGCAGACAAACAAACAAAACAAACUUACAGCAAAAUGGCCUUUUAAAUAUGAGCUAACAAAGGUGUCGUGUUUGUGUCCACCUGAUGUAUGAAAGUCCAAUAUUGACUCAGGUUUGGUUUUGCUCGGACUCAGCUGUUGAUCCUCAGUGGGAUCGGCAGUAUUACAGGCUGUUUAACUCUCUGAGGUCUAUGGGCAUUUUUUUCAAUUUUACCUUGAAUUUACAUAUAUUCUUAUAUAUAUUAUAUAUCAAAAUGUGCAGAAAACCCCCAGCUGUCUGUAUAACCUGCUCACCAUGUGUCCCAGAGCAUUGUGUAAAGAGAGAGAGAGAUAAUGUGACUGGAAAGCAAAAAAAUUUAAGUCAGGUUUUUGAAAUUCUUUCAGAAAGCUUCACACAAAAUGCAGACAGACAGACCAGUUAGACAAUGUGAGAGGCCGUCUUCUCUUCCUCCUAGCUCACUGCAAGAAUAAGAACUCUGACCUCGAGAAUCUGUUGACUAAAUAUCCGAACCAUAUUAAUGUGCUGCAUUAUCGCCGAGAUAUUAACAGAAACACUGAGUUGAUGCGCCCGCACGUUCUGAGACGUCAUGAAUAUCAGUUAAUGCAGCUUUAAAUCGAUGAUGAAGUAAUCACUACAAUUCAUGUUUAUGAAUGAAAAUCAGACCUCUGGCUCCGUCAGGUGUUCACUAGAUUAUCUUAUUGACCCAACAUGAAUUAUUUAGAGCCGUUUUAUUUCCCAAUGAACUGAACCAAAAGGUGUUCCUAUUUAUUUAUUUUACUUUGAAUAAUUAUUCAGUAGUCUAACAAUAGCUCUAAAAUUCUUUGCCUUAUGUUUCCGUAAAGGAUUUACAGAAUAUUUUGCACUCGCUGGGUUACUUAUGAAGACAGAGAUAACGGUAGCAGAUAAACUUUGAUUGUUUAGUGUUAUUAAUAAAAGGACUCAUCUGCAGUCCUGCUUAAUGCUGAAUAUUAUCUUAUCACGUGUUUGUCCAAAAAAAAAUGUAGCAUGAGAAAAAAUAAUAAUUCAGUCAGCUUUAUUUACCUACAUAUCCCUUUACAGGUCAAUUUCAAAUGUCUGUAUUUGUAUGUUUCUAGCACCAAACAGUAGUGUGUACCUCUACUUAAGUAAAAGAGCACCUUUUUAAACUUUAGAAAGGUCUUUGUUGGAGCUGAA